ACAAAAAUGGCAUCUUCCAAAAUUCAGAAAGUGCUGGUUCAUUUUAAUAAAAAUGGUAUAACCUCACCUGCAUUAUUCACACAGUGUAUCCUAGACUGCUACAAUAGCGAUGUACCAACUAUGGACAUUGGUUUUCAACUCACUGACAACAAAGUUAUUUUGUCUUCUCCAUCUCCCUCUAACAGGGUCAAAAUGAAGCAUCCUACAUUCUGUCCCAUUCACAACUUGACACCUGAGGGUGCAAGUAGUCUCCCAAAUGAGACUUUAGACAGAGGUAUAGAUGUAGGGGCUGUAGUCCUGCUGCAUACAUGUGAUGAUAAAAUACUUUUGACCCGCAGAGCCAGCCAUUUAAGGACGUUCCCUGGGGUUUGGGUGAUGCCUGGAGGUCAUAUAGAACUCAAUGAAACUAUAACAGAUGCAGGCUUGCGAGAAUUUCAUGAAGAGACGGGAAUAAAUCUUGAUCAAAAUACACUCAUAGACAAAAAGAUGGAGACAUUGGCAUUAUGGGAGUCAGUUUAUCCCACAAAGUUAACUAUAGGCCCACCAAAGCGGCACCAUGUGGUAAUAUACAUGUUGGCUAGACUGGCACCACCCUUUACCAGUGAGGAGCUUGAUAAGCGCUUAAAGCUUGACCCAGGUGAGGUAGGUGCUGCUGCAUGGGUGGGUAGAGACCUGGUCCAGGCUAUUGUGGCUGCAGAUGAAGAGAACACAUACACACAAGCUAAAGAUAUUCCUCAGGACUUUAGGGCUAUAGUGAUACGAGAUGGUGUGCCCCAUGAAGAAAUGCUCAAGACCAGUGUUCUAACAGCAGUAAGGGCAGAUACAGGCCCAGACAUAGAGAGAGUCAGUACAGGAACAAAAUUUGCUCUAGAACAAUGGCUCCAGAGUCCUUGGUCUGCACUAUAGUGAAAUAAAAGGAAAAUAUGGAUGUUGCCAGUUAAAGUGCAUAUUUGACAGAAGAAUUGUGUGUGAUCUAAAAGAAGUGCAAUAGCAGGUUUACAUGUGUCCAUUAUGUUAUUCAAUCGAAUAUAAUAACUAAAACAGAAUCCUUAUUUAAAAUAUAAGGGAAGUUAACUCACUGUUCCAUAGCUGGAUGACUCUACUGCAGUUAGCUUCAUUCAAGAU